AUGGCUAUUCCAUCUGAUCGUCCUAAAAUUGGUGAUUGGAAAUAUUUCCCAUUAAUCGAUUUCGGUAUUGCAUUAUUGAAUACAAUUCAAUCAAAACGUCUUAAUUUGUCAUAUUUGUCAGAGACAGAAAUGCAAAAUUUACGUAUAACAAAUGAAGAAUGGAAUCUUGCCAUUUCACCAAUAGAAAUUAUCCGUGGACUUGCAGCUUUGCAUGCAUUAGCUGAUGGUAAAUGCAAAAUUAGACUUACUAAUUUGAUUUCAAAAGCCCUUUUUGGAAUUAAGCGAUCUAUUGGAAAAACUAUUCAUGAAGAUUUGUAUCAUCUUUAUAAUGAAUACUUGAAAUCGUUACCAAAAGGAAUAAUAAAAAUAUUCUUUGAAGAAAAUCAUUUACUAAAAUUUGAUAAUGAAUUAAUGGAAUAUAUCGAAAAGUAUUAUGGUACAGAGUCUGAAGAAACGGAAAUGAUAAUGUCUGAUACGGAAGAACGAAGAACGAAAGAAGUGGUGCAAACGAUAUGCUUUCAAAUGAAUCCAAAUGGACAAACGCUUAUUAAUGAAAUGAAUAAAAAUAUUAAAGAAGCAACAAAACGAACCGUAGAAAAUGUGAUACGUCGUGAUUUGCCACCAAAACAAAGGGCACGUUUAGCAUUGAUUACUGCAGUCGAUUCGACAUUCUAUUGGAAGCCAACUGGUCAAGUAACAGAAGUAGAAAUAUUUUUCUACGAAACAUUUAAGAAAGUUAUGGAUACACGUUGUCUGAUAAAAGGAUAUCGAUGCGAUGGAUUGUUUCGUACAUGUCUUACCAAUGAUCGUGUACGUAUCAUAGAAUUAGAUUCCGAGAUUGAUAGCCUUAAAAUGUACCUUUUUCAGCCAGGAAUGCUAUUUUCAAAAAAUUUCCUGAAAUCACUAAAUGCCAAAAAAUUGCAACGAUAUAUCGAUCAAAUAGACCAUGAACCGAUAAAACAAUCGAUUAUAAUUCCACGCUUUUCGAUAACUUCACCCGUUGGUUUAAGAUCGGUAUUUGCAUCACGCAUUCCGUUCCGUAAUUUUUUUUCCAAAAAAAAACAUCCAAUAUUUCCGUAUCCAUCCAUUGCUCGAAUAUUUUCACCGGAUAAAGCUGAAUUUGGUAGAAUAUAUGGGAAAGUAUCACAGGAAAAUUAUGGUCCAUUUCAUAUAUAUCCACUUUGGGAGUAUUAUCAUAAAACUAAAAUUGUUUUAAAAAUUGGAUCACCGAAGACAACAAUGUCGGAAGAUGAAAUGUCAAUCAUAACUUCCGCUCAACGAACAAUGAAAGAAGAAUUGACAAGAAAGUAUCAUCAGCAAGUUGUAGCUCUGACCGGAAGAGUGAUGAUCAUUAAAGAUCAGGUUAAUCGGAAAAAUUAUAUGAUCGGAAUUCUUGGGGAUGAAAAAGAUAAAGAUUUUGAUAGUAAAGGAAUAUUCAGUUCACUUUCUAAAUCAGAAACGUUGAAUAAAAGCAAAGGAGGAAAUCUGAACAGGAUAAGCGCAAUUGGUGGCAGCAAUGCAGUAAGGAAAAAGAGUAUACGUCAACCGAAGAGAUCGCUACAAGACCGCUCCAGUCAUAGUUUACCGAUGCAAAAGGGAAUUCAACAGUCUACUAGCUGGAAGAAGGAAGGCAGAAAAAAGUAA